AUGGUUUCCAUGAUGUCUCUUUUUGCCAUGGUCAUAGCUGCCGCCAAUAUCGUCGACCACGUACAAUCUCACGGCUUCAUUGCCAAUCCCCCACCUUCAUGGAAAAAGGGAAAAACCGGGAACGAAGAAUGGAUCGUCCAGAUUGAGCCUCAGUGGAAGGGUGACUGGAACAAGGCCAGAAAUGAUGACGAGUUUCUGGCAACUUUUAAGCAGAUAGCCGCUGCCAACAACUUCAAGAAUGCUCGAUCGCUGUUGGAUAGCGAUCCGGUAUAUGGCGCAGAUUGCGGUUACACAGAUCCCAAUGGGACACCCGUUGACCCGCCAUCAGACGGCACAGCGACCUUUUCGCGUGGAAUCGCGCACGUUGGUCGAUGCGAAGUCUGGAUCGAUGAAAAGAUAGCCCUGCAAAAAGAUGAUUGCCAAGCCGCGUUUGGUAAUGGUACGAUCGAAUAUAAAUCUGUUUUGAAACCCAUCGACUACUCGCUAUGCGACAAGGAUAAAUGCUUGAUGCCUCACUGCGUCUAUUGA